AUGUUCUCGGGCUGCAUGGACAGCCAGACCUCCGCGGACGUGAAGGACGUUUCCAAGUUCGGGCUGCCCGACGCGGACGGGGCCGGCGGCGCUUGCACGAACGCCAUGCUCCUUACGUUGGUGGGUGUCGCGGUUGCAUCGAAGCUAAUAGGUUAUGGCCAAGAAAGUUUGCGAUGAAGCAAGAAAGAAGAAGCGACGAUGGGAUGGUAGGUGGGCGUUGCUGGUGCUGCUGCUGUACUCACAGACGGGAAUCAUUUGGGUGUCGCGUUUGAUCGAGGUCUGGCCUCGAGUGCUGAGCGUAUCCUGACUGCUAUACUUCGAGUUGGGCUAGCUCUGCUGCUGCCACAACAACGGUGUGCGCUCGGUGCUUUUCGGUGUGCAGACUCUUCCGCCUGCCUGACUAUUCCCCACCAAGAUACUGUUGCGUAUUUGGCUCUGUCUCUUGCGCCAAUGCUGAUCCUUUGGUGCUACUCGUGUGUUCGGUUGGCGUACACACCACCCCUCCCUGCCAGAGUGACGACCACUCCGACUCGU